AUGCAGGCCUUAGAUGGGCUUGUGAACGACGACUACGACCGAGCUGCUCCGCUUGGGUGCGGCGACUGCAAAGCUGCUGGCAACUACGCUGCGGACCUCGAGAGCAUGUACGUGUCGAAGAGGAAGGGCUAUCCCAUCAGCCUGUACCUGGAUGCUGUCGAGCGACGGUACGUGGAGGAGUUCAACACAUCCAACUUUGUGGCAAUUACCAAGGAUGGGAAAUACAUCACUCCUGACGCUCCCCGCAGCGUCCUGGACAGCAACACAAACAAGGUGCUGCUACAGCUGGCAAACGACAUGUCCAUCCCCGUCGAGCGCCGACGCAUUGACUUCGAAGCUGAGGCCGUGCAAAGGGUCAGGGUCUAUGCUGACUCCAUGGACGGAGGAUCAACAGGAUCUUUUUUUCUUCAGUCGUCGGCCAAGGGUUACGGCGUUUGA